UUUGUGUUGUUUGACGGAGCUGCCUCGCGGGGAGGAGGGCAAUCCUUGCUUUUAUUUUUCUUUCCAGACGGCCGCAGAUGAGCACAAAAACAAACUUGAACCGGGCGAACUUUGGAUCAAGGCUCGCGCUUGUGUUGCCGUCAGAAGCGGCGGAACCGAAGAGAUUUUGCCUUUAUAUUUAGAACAGUUUCUGAAGGGAAGAGGUCUUAAAAACAACCAGUUGGAAAUUAAGUUAUGCGUCAGCGAGUGCGCACUUUACGCACAGAGCGCACAAUAAAACUUUGAGAUGCUGGAUCCCGUCGCUGUUGCUUUUCACGUGUUAGUUCGUUUUUCCUCUGCCAGUUUCAGACCUGCGGGAUUGAACGUCAUGAUGAUUCGAGGCUAAAAAAGCCACUUACAAAAAUAAAGCGCACUCCAAUCCUGAGCCUGAGACAACAUGGGGGCCAAACAGAGCAACACGGCGUUUGAUGGCAGAACUCGGGCUUAUUCCAGCUCCGAUCUCCCAUCUGGUAACGCCAGCGGAGGGGAAAGGAUUGCGGGUUUUAGGUACACAAAUGGACCAGAUGGCCCCCGGAUCCGUUACACAGGUGGGGGGCCGACCAGCUCCGGGCUCAGCAUACCGGCCGGCGGCAGGUCAGGGUCACACGUGCUGAAUCAGAGUCUGGAUGGGCCGGAUGGUGAGGAUCAGCUUCCCCCCGAGGGCCACAGGCUGCUGAUAGGGUCCCUGCCGGCUCACCUGUCCCCUCACCUGCUGGGAGGUUUCCACUGUCCCGUUUGCUCCAAGUUCAUGGCGUCGGACGAAAUCGAGAAGCACCUGCUCAUGUGUUUCAGCAAGUCACGUCUCACCUACAACAAGGACAUCCUGUCCAGAGACUCUGGGGAAUGUGCCAUCUGUUUAGAGGAGCUGGAGCAGGGAGACACCAUUGCCAGACUGCCCUGCCUCUGUAUUUACCAUAAAGGGUGCAUAGAUGAGUGGUUUGAGGUGAACCGCUCGUGUCCAGAGCAUCCUGCCGACUAGGAGCAGCAGGAGGACGGCGUCGAUCACCUGAACACGACCGCGGUCGACCGUGUCCCCUGACCUCAUCCCAACACUGUCUGCUCCUGCCGAGGAUCAGCGCUCCUCAGGAAAUUCAUGUGUGACAUUGUUGUACACCGGAUUUUUUCCCAUUGCCUCAUGGAACUGUGAUGAACUUUGGAUAUUUUUUUCAAAAACAUGGUGGAAUUAAAAAAAAAAAAAACACUGGGGGAGCCUCUUGUCUCCAGGAAAUACGUGAAUGCUCCUUAUGCCACCUGCUGGCACAAAGUGGACGUCUGCAGCCUGGGCUCUAAAUGAUGGAUGUGGUUUUGUAGAAUGGACUCAGUAGAGUAACGUCAGUCGUUGCCAGACAUUUAGGUGCAUGUCUGUUCAAAGACUUGCUCGGAAGGCAGAGGGCUGCUGUUGUGCAAUGUUAAAAUACAGCCAAACAGAAUAAAACAUGCCUAUAUGAGCUAUAAGGGAUGAUUACAGUGUUGAUGGUAGUUAGAAAUAAUACUUGUAUUGCAAAUUGUCUAUCACUGUCGUCUGUUAAACAAUCAUGUUUCUAGACCAAAUAGUGCAAUGUGAAAAUUGGUAAUUGUGCGACCAUUCAGAACCACCAUAAUGUGACUGUGUAGCGUAGAGGUGAAAUUGAACAUAUUUUAAAACGUCAAAAGGUGAUUCAUAUUUCUAAGGAGUGCCAUAAUGUGCUGCUAUGUCAUAGACUGGAAGGUUUGCCUAAAAUCUUUCAACCUUUGUUUGUUUUAUUUCUCUUUGUACUGUAAUGAAUUGCACAAAAUAAAUGUUUUUAAUUGCACACCA